AGCAGGGCCGCGGGGGCUGUCGGGACGGCUCCAAGAUGGCCGGGCGCUUGGGGUCCGCCGCUGCUGGCGGCCCCGAGCCCCAUUCACUACCACCGCUGCUGACCGGAACAGCCAGUCGGCCCGGCGACUCCGGGGGCUGUCCCCGCGGGGCGGGAGGCCGCCAUGGCGACCCUGGAAAAGCUUUUGAAGGCCCUCGAGUCCCUCAAGUUCUUACAGCAACCUCCGCCGCCGCCUCAGCCCCUUCAGCCGGCACCGCAGCCUCAGCCGCCACCGCCGCCCGCCCGGCUAUGGCUCAGGAGCCGCUGCACAGAUGGCUGGAGACCGAGAAGAACUACCAUUUUUGCCAGCUGGGAUGCAGAAAAAUUUGGACUUCUGGGUUCCACAAAUGGGCUGAGUGUCUCUCAUAGGCCCCCUUCUUUCAUCUUCUUCCCUUCGGAUCUCUGUCCAGUAACUCUAAGUUCUUACAUGUUCAAGCUCUGUCAUAAUGGAAACUCUGCAGCAGAAUCAGCUGUCAUCUAUCCCAUGUGGCCAAGUGCAGAGGAGAAUGUGAAAACACUCCAGGAGAGAGGGGUUGCAUAUGUCAAUGCAGACUCAUACACAGAAGGCAAUUACACUCUCAGAGUUGACUGUACACCCCUUCUUUUCCAGUUGGUAUAUAAACUGACAAAAGAGUGGAGGAAUCAGACAUCAUUCAUCUGGAGAAAUGCUGUUGAUUGCUGAGGGCUCAAUCCCAAACUGGAUGACUUGAUUUAGAGACAUUUGGCCCAUUGGUUUCACCACCAAUUUCUCCAUCUCUGAGUGAAGGUUUAUUUAAUGAUUUUGGUGAAAAUCAUGACAGCCACAUACAUUUUAAGGAGAUAUCCUGUGGGUUAUCAGUCUGUUGCAGAGGACCUCUGGCUGAAAGACAGAAAUGCAAGCGUGUUAAACAUCACAAAAUUUGGAAACUAUACAGAGAAAAAAGUUAGCAUUCAUUCAUGUAAAAAAUCAUCUGAUUAAGGCUUGAAUUUUCAUCACUUUGGCAAAUAGCAAUCUCUUGCUGAGGUUUUACUGAGGUCAGUGUAAAGAUUUAAUCAUCUAUUCUUUUUUACUGUGGAGUGAUUUAGGAUCUUUGUUAUUAAUAAUGGUUGAUUUUCCAGAUGAAUGUACAAUUCAUGAUAAAUGAACUAUGUUAGUCAUGAUGUGUUUGAAAAUGUUAAGAAGAAAGAAAAUAUUUUCUGGUAGUCUAUACAGAAAUUUUGUCUUCCUUAACUUGAAUUCCAACUUAUUUUCUAUCACUGUGUAUAUUGAUAUUUUAUUAGCAAAACUAUAUUUAUGAUAAAACAAUUUUAUUAAAUACUAAAUUUAUCUUUUAAAACUAGCUAAAAUAUUAUAGCAUAAUUUAUAAGCAUAUUACAUUAAUACAUCUUAACCAUAUUUGGUUAGGAAAAUGCAGCAGUUUACAUUUAAUUGGAAUCUAAUUCUUAUAUAUUCACUAGGGUCAUUAUCUCUUCAUCGUUCUAAAAUACAGCUUCACAAAUAUUGCAUAUUUUGGGUAUGAUACUUAAUAUUUCAAUAUUCUUUAGUAAUGUUGUACUUUGAUGCACUCAGUUAAUUUAAUAGCAUAAUUAUUACACGGGUCUGUGAAGUAGAUAAUUACUUAAUCUUAAAAAUUUAGAUUUCUUUUAUCUUCCCUGAUAGUAUACCAUUACUCUAACCUGGCUUUGUGAUAGAUUAUUUGUUCACAUUAAAGUUCUGGUAUUAAAGAGGCUGAAGUCUUUGUUUCUCAAUUGAGGUUAAUUAUUGCCUUAAAUUUUUUUAAAUUUAUUUUUUGCCAGUGGACUAGUGGAAGUUAACCAACGAGACUAACUAGCAAUUUUGCUGAUAUUGAUGUUAAUUAGCAAAGUGCUGAUAUUUCAGAUUUUUAGCUUGUUGUAUAUAAACUUCAUUGAAGAUUUGAAAUUGUUCUUUGGCAAAAAUAUUGAAUGCACAUUAAUUACAUUGGAGAGGCAAAAUCUUUAUACAGUCAUCCCUCAUUAUGUGCUGAGGAUUGGUUCUGAGACCCCCUCAGAUACCAAAUCCAUGGAUGCUCAUGUCCUUAUGUAAAAUGGCAUAGUAUUUGCAUAUAACCUAUGCACAUCCUCCUGUAUACUUUAAAUCAUCUCUAGGUUACCUGUAAUGCCUAAUACAAUGUAAUUAGUUGUAAAUACAAUGUAAAUGAUAUGUAAAUAGUUGUCAGUGCAUAGCAAAUUCAAGUUUUGCUUUUGAGAACUUUCUGGGAAAAUUUUUGGUUUUGUUUUUAUUAUUAUUAUUAUUAAUAAUAUUAAUAUUAUUAUUAUUUAUUAUUAUUAUUAUUAUUAUUAUUAUUAUUAUUAUUAUUAUUAUUAUUUUGAUCUGUGGUUGUUUGUACCUGUGAAUGCAGAACCAAUGGAUACAGGGGGCUGACUGUACCAGCUUUUUGUUGAUUCUUAAUGUAGAUGGAAUAUUUUCAGCAUUGUAAGAAUCAACUCUGAAUUGAUCAGUUUUAAAUAUUAGAAAUUAAUUUAAAAGCUUGAAUUACCUUCUCAAAAUCUGUGAAAUAUUGUAUAGUAACUUGGCUCUUCUUUUUCAGUUUGCAAGAAAUUUAACUUUAGGUUUAGGUGAAGGAUAGAGUUCUCUAACCUGGCUAAUGAUAUAAGGAGAGAGACUUGUGAAGUGUACAGGAAUUCAUACAAGUUCAAAGGACUUUAAUGACACAAUCUCCUCCAAAUAAGAACUUAAUCCAGAAUGUAGUUGUUUGAGGAACUAAGUAAUUUUACUAGGGCAGCUUGUAAUAAAAUGUAUUAUCUUUCAGAAUAUAAAAGUAAUUUUCCUCCAUAAGAGUUUCUUUUCUUUAGUUUGCUUCAAGGUAUUUGAUGUUGAUGGUGAUGAGUUCUCUCUAGGGUUGAACUGAGAGACACGUGGUUGCACAUUUAGAGGUCUGGAAGGACAACUGCACCGAUGAUACCCUGAAUGGCCAUCUUAACUCUAGAAGAAUAUCAGAUCUGGAGUGUGAAAAAUGUUCUUGCCAAUGAGUUUUUGAAUCUACUUUUCCAGAACUUGACAAGCUGAUUCUAAAUACAUAGAGAAGCGUGAAGGGCCAACAAUAGCCAAGGUGAUAUUAAAGAACAAUGCUAAAGGACUUAUUAUAAAACAAUAUUGUCUAUGUGAUAACUACCUAAAGUUAGAGAUACAGACCAAUGGAACAGUAUUGAAUGAAACCCUGUACCAUACAUGAACAGUAAUUUUGGAUAGCUUGUAAAUCUAAUAAAUUUGAAACAAAAAGCAAAGCAUCUGAGAGAGGGUAAAGCUCAGGUGGAAUGUGUGCUUAGCAUGCAUAAGGUCCUGGAUUCAACUCCCAGUACCUCCAUUAAAACAAAUAACCUAAUCCCCCCACCAAAAUAAAGCAUCUAGAAAAUAGUGUAGGAGAUAUUUUAAUGACUUUGAAGUGGCAAAGACUUCUUAAACAGGACACAGCACUAAACAUAAAAGAAGAGUUUUAAGUUGGACUUCAGUAAAAUUAAGAAUUAUUUUUAUCAAGAGAUACCAUUAAGAAAGUGAAAAGCUAAGCCACAUGGUGGGAAAAUAUAUUUGCUAUACCUAUAUCCAACAAAAGACUUGUAUCUAGUGCAUAUAAAGAACAAAAACCAGUGGAGAAAAAGGCAGAACCUCAAUAUUAAAAUGUGCAAAAAAAUUGAACAGGUGUUUCACACACAAAAAAAUUAAAUCCAAAUAAGCUAUGAAAAGGGGCUGACCUCUUUAGUAAUAAUGGAAAUACAUACCAAAACCACACUUAGAACACCAUUAGACAUCCACUAGAAUAGUUAGUUGUUAAGUGAUAUGAAGCAUUGGUGAGGGCAACAAGCAAUGGGGACUCUUACACAUGGCCAGUGGGAAUAUAAAUUCUUACAAAUACUUUGGAAAUAGGCUUUCUGAAUGAAAGUUAUAUAUGUAUAUGUGUAUGUGUACACAUACAUACACAAACACACCAUAUUACCAAGGGUAACCCAUGUGUGUACCCUUCAGAAACUUCUACAUCUGAGCUCCAAAGGACAUCCAGAAAAUUCUCAUAAUCACUAUUUGUUAUAGCCCCAAAUAGAAAAUGACCCAGACACCUGUCAACAAUAAAUACAUAACCAUAAGUGGUGGCACAUGCAUACAAGUUGUAUACUUUAAAGCAAUAAAAAUAAACAUACUAGUUUACAAAAACACUAGUGGAUGAAUCUUAACGUUGAGUGGAAAGUACGGGACCAAAAAUUUCAAAAGCAAAUAAACCAAGCCAUGGUGGCUGAAUUUAGGAUGGUGAAUCCAUCAAAGGGGUGCAGUAGUAUCUGGGAAGAAACCCAAAGUGGAACAGCAAUGUUCUGUUUCUUGACUGGAUGAAGGUUACAUAGAUGUGUUUACUUUGUGAAAAAUCACUGAGUUGUAUACUUAAGAUGUGUUCACAUUUAAGCAUGUAUAUUAUAUUUGCAUUUUUUAAAAAAAAUGUUUGCUUGCAAAAAAAAAAAGAUAUCCAAAGCCUAAGUAUUUAUCAGUAGGAGAAUGGAUAAAACAAAUGAUAGUAUAUUCAAACAAUGGAAUACUAUUUAACAAUAAAAAAGAAUAAAUUACUGAUACAAGGAUGAAUCUCAAAAGCCUAAUUUAUACAUUUCAUUGUCAGGUAAAUUUUAACUCAGAAGGUAAACAAAACUAUAAACAGGCAUGCUGAUAUAUUACAGAGACCUGUACUAAUAUCUAUAAUUUACCUUGAAAUGCAUGCAAAAUUUAAGAUGGAUUAAUGGAUGAAUUAAGGGAUGGAUAGACUAUAAUAAAAUGUUGCUGCUAAAAUUAGGUAAUGGGUAUGAGUGUUCAGUAUAAAAUUCUUUCAACUUUCAGCAACACUUGUAUUUUUGAAAAGUUUCAGGAUAAAAUAUUGGGGAGGAAAUCAACAUCUUUCUGAUGAAAUUUAGAGAAGCCAAAUAAAUUGAGAAAAUAGCCUUAAAAAGUAUAUUUAGGAGAAGCAAGAUGGCAGAGUAGGACGCUUAUAGCUUACCCUCUCCCACAAAUACACCAAAACUCACAUCUAUGGACCUACGCAGCCACCAGAGCACCUGCAGAACUCCGACAACAUCACCCUCUUCAAAAGACAAAUACACCAAAAAUCUGGUAGGAGAAAAGGAAAAAAGAAGAAAAAGCAAAACAGUGCAAUCCUGUUGGGAGGGAGCAGCAAAGGAGGACUGGCGCUCAUUCACUCAAUCUCCCUCCUCCAGUGGAGAGGCCAACAGGAUGGAGGGGGAGCCUCCGAGGCUCAGAUCUGCCCUGAGCACCCCUUGACCGACAGAACUGAGUUAAAUGGGCACAAAGGGUCCCCACGACACCCAGCCCGAGACAAAAGCCGGCAGCUGGGGCCAGGACAGUUUGCCCAAGCUGGGCAGAGGACUGAGGCAGCUGCACUGAGGGAGAUAUGGGGGACUGCAAGGUGCUGUGCACCAUGGCUGGGAGGGGAUACGGAGCAGAACCUCGGUCCCCCAUUAAAUUAAAGAAAAAACAAAGCAAAGCAGCUGAUGUGCCCUGGGGGGAGGGGUGCUGUAGCCUUUGUCUCCUCAGACCUGUGCCAUUACUGGCACAUCUUGCAAGAAGAGAGGCAGGGCUCAGCCACAGCUACCUUCUGUGCAUAGUGCCCGGGUGGGGGUGGGGCUGAGACCUGAAUCUGCACGUGGGGGCUCCACAACCUCCUAGGCAGGACUGAGACUUGUUUAUAGCCCGAGGCAGAGAGGAUUUUUCUACGCUGACACCUCAGAGAACGUGUGCUGCCAAGAGAAGCAAGGAGCUCAGAUUUGGCACAGAGCAUAGGCAGGGCUGUUCCGCGGUCUUCCCCGAGCCCACCUAUAGACCGCCUAUCCGAGGCAAAGCAGGCAGCUGCACAGAGCAGCAGAGCGACCAGCACCAGGAGAGGGCAGGUGGGCAGCCACCCACCUUCCUGGCAGGAACACAGCACCUGACCACAGUGAUGGGAGGGGGUGUGUUCUGCCCACCUGCCUCUCCUCGAGCACAGUAUCUGACUGUGGCAUCGGGAGGGGGAGUGACCUCCCCGCCCACCAGCUAAGAGCUCAGCUCCUGACCUUGGGUUAGGAGGGGGAGCAAUCUGCUAGCCAACAGCCACUGGGAGCAGCACAGAUGAGGGCACCAACAGAAGGCCUAUGGAAACAGCAAGCUGAGUUCACAAAGCACGGUGAAGACACAAAGACCUCUCAAUAAAAUCAUUAAGGGCACACCAUCUCCAGGAUAAGUAGGAAACUGAUACUCCUUAAGCCACGGUUCCAGAGAGAUAUGAGCAAUAUGAAGAAGCAGAGAAACCACUCCCAAUUAAAAGAUCAAGAGAAAUCCCCUGAAAGCAUGAUCAAGGAAAUAGACUGAUGGCCUACUAGAUCAAGAUUUCAACAAAAAAGUGAUCAAAGUACUGAAGGAACUAAAAGAAAUAGUGUUUAGAGAUAUAAAAUAUGUCAAAAAUGAAAUAGAAGCUAUAAAGAAGAACCAAGUAGAACUAGUAAACUCAUUGGCUGAGAUGAGAGCUGACCUAAAGGCCUUGCAAAGCAGACUAGAAAAUGCAGAAUAACAAAUAAGUGACCUAGAAGACAGGACAACAGGAAGCACCCAAUCAGAACAGCUGAGAGAAAAACAAAUAAAAAACAAUGAAAACAAUAUAUGGGACCUAUGGGGUAAUAUAAAGUGUGCCAAUCUAUGCAUAAUAGGAGGUCCAGAAAGGGAAGAAAGAACAAGGGAGAUUGAAAAGGUAUUGGAAGAACUCAUGACUGAAAACUUCCCAAAACUAAAGAAGGAAUCAGAUAUCCAAGCACAGGAGGCUCAGAGGGUCCCAAACAGGAAGAACCCAAACAGACCCACACCAAGGCAUAUCCUAAUCAAGAUGGCCAGAGUCAAGGAUAAAGAAAUGAUCCUAAAGUAAGCAAGAGAAAAAAAAAGAGUGAGUUACAAGGGAACCCCCAUAAGGUUUUCAGCUGAUUUCUCUACACUAUUUACAACAGCUAAUACGUGGAAACAGCCUAAAAUGUCCAUCAACAGAUGACUGGAUAAAGAUGUGGGAUAUUUAUAUGAUGGGAUACUAUUCAGCCACAAAAACUGACAACAUAACGCCAUUUGCAGAGGCAUGGAUGCUCCUGGAGAAUAUUAUUCUAGGUGGAGCAGAACAGAAAGAGAAAGGGGAAUACCAUAUAAGAUCACUCAUGUGUGGAAUCUUAAAUAUAUGCAAGAUCUUGUGGUAACUCAACAAAAAAAAAAGUGACAAUGAAUAUAUGUACGUUCAUGUAUAACUGAAAAAUUGUGCUCUACACUGGAAUUUGUCAUAACAUUGUAAAAUGACUAUUACUCAAUAAAAAAUAUUUAAAAAUAAGUAAAAUAAAAUAUAACCUUUAAAAUA